CAACAACAACAACAACUCAAAUGCUACACUUGACAAUGCAAAAUCUGCUGAUCAUCAUAUUCAUCAUCAUCAUCAGCAGCAGCAGCAGCAGCAGCAGCAACAGCAACAACAACAAAAACAUUUCGAGCUGCCACUUUGAGGCGCAUCGUUGCCAAAUCGAUGUGAUCCAAGAGGCACAGCAUGGCCAUCGUCAUGUGCCCACAGAUGUGGAUAUUCAGCUGGAGUGCCAACAGCCCCAAGCCGCAUGGUACUACAACGCGCAGCUGAAGCACAGCGGCCACAGCUGGCUGUUGGAGCGCGCCCAGACGGCGCAAUCGGGCAACUAUGCGUGCCGCUAUGAUGGCAACCAGUGGGCUAAUCUGACGCUAUUGAUUGGGUACCAACAGGCUAGCGAUGACCUGGCCAGCUUCAGCAGAGUGUACAGCGAGCCUGUGGAGCACUAUUUGCUGCCGCUGAAUGAUAGCCAGCCGCCACGUUUGGCACAGCAACUGGAGCCAUUGGUUAAGCGCACGGCGGGCUCUAUGGUUCUGCUGAGCUGCAUCCCGGCACCGGGGGUUACAUGGACGAACAUUAGCUGGUAUCACAAUAACACCCAAAUGGUGGGCAGUGCUCGCAUAAGGCUCAAGAAAACAAUGCUAAGCGUGUGGCAGCUGCAGCCGCAAGAUGCGGGCGACUAUCGUUGCCUUCUGUGUAAUUUCCAGAGCUGCGCCGACAGCCAGACCCACCUGGAAGUCAUGACGCGCCAACACAUGGCCCCCGUGCUAAGUCCUGGCUAUCCGCAUAACGUGAGCGCUGUAAUGGAGGAGCACGCGAGCAUAGAGUGCAAGCUGGAGGAUUCGCAGCUGGAGCCACAAAUCACUUGGCUACAAAAGGUGCGAGCUGGCGAUAUAAAUGCGCUGCUGCAGCGCCUGGAGCAGCAAGCCAACGUGGAGGAUAAUGAUGAAGUGGAUACGCUGCUGGCCAACAAGGAUGAGCCGCAGUUGCUACGUCUGGGCAACGUACAGCCCUUUGAUGCUGGCUGGUAUAUUUGUGUGGCUGAGAACCGAUUGGGGCGCACUGUGGGUGCGGCCUAUCUGGAGGUGCUGCCCAAGCCCCUCAGUGUUCCGACCCCAACAGUACAGCCGACAACAACAACAACAACUACGCAACAAGCGAGCGUUAGUGCUGCGGAUGACGAUGCAGGGGACGAAGCAGCAGACGAUGCCGCGGACGAUACCACAGUGGAGCAGUACCCCAAGUUCAAGAAGCCUUUGAACCGGUUGCAACAUUUGCCCUCGGGCAAAACGCUUACCCUCUCUUGCCCCAGCACGGCGCAUCCGGCGGCGAACAUCAGUUGGACAUUCAAUAAGGGCGACGGCUAUAAGGAGCUGCAGCGCGACAUUGGCAGCUAUAAGUUCAGGCGCUGGUCCUUGACCAUGGAGGAUGCCAUCUCAAAGGAUUCGGCUCUGUACAUGUGCAAGGUGUGCAACAUCCUCGGCUGCAUUGAAUUCGAGUACAGCGUUGUGGUCCACGAUCGCAUCCGAGCGCCGCCAAUCAUCACGAAAAUGGACAACAAGACGGCGCUGAUCAACACGCAGCAGGUGCUCAAGUGUGACGUGCUGUCCGAUAAUGAGCCCUCCAUCCGGUGGAUACGCGUGAUGCAUAACAAUAACUCGAUGCCCUUGACAUUGGACUCGAUGCAGCCAGAUGUGGUGCACAUCGAUUUGAAAACGUCCGUGGAUCGACCCGAUUUGCUGGUGUUCAAUAAUGUGACGCACCUGGACGAGGGCUGGUACACGUGCAUGGCAUCCAAUUCCCUGGGAAUGAGCAAUGCUAGCAUCUAUCUGCGCGUGGUCGACCAUCUGCCGUACCUGCAUUUCAGUCAGCUGCUCCACACGCAUCCCGUUGCCUUCAUUGUUACCGUUGUGAUGAUAAUGCUGCUGUUCCUGCUCGGCAGCGCCUUUAUAGUGUAUAUGCUUCGCCGGCUGCGGCGCGAGAAGCUAUUGAAGCAUCGCAUCGAGACGGUGCAUCAGUGGACCAAAAAGGUGAUCAUCUACAAGCCGGCCAGCGUUGAGGGCAGCUCCUGUGCGGGGGAUCUGCAAAUUCCUGUUAUUAAGAUCGAAAAACAACGGACAACAUUCUCCAAUACCACGACGGGCGGCUCCUCGGAUCCUGCACAGGGCUUCAAUGAGUACGAGUUCCCUCUGGACUCCAAUUGGGAGAUACCCAGACAGCAGCUGGCCCUAGGCUCCAUUUUGGGCGAGGGCGCAUUUGGACGCGUUGUCAUGGCCGAGGCCGAUGGCCUGCCGCGCAGUCCCCCAUCCUCCAAUAAUGGUAUGGGCACCAUUGUCGCCGUCAAGAUGGUUAAGGAGGAGCACACGGAUGCGGACAUGGCCAGUCUGGUGCGCGAAAUGGAGGUGAUGAAAAUGAUUGGCAAGCACAUUAACAUCAUCAAUCUGUUGGGAUGCUGCAGUCAGAGCGGUCCAUUGUGGGUCAUCGUCGAGUAUGCACCCCAUGGCAAUCUAAAGGAUUUUCUCAAGCAAAAUCGACCGGGUCAACUGCAGCGACGCAGCGACAGCGAUGGCUAUCUGGAUGAUAAGUCGAUGCAGCCACAACAGCAGCUGGGCGAGAAGGAGCUGACCAUGUUCGCCUUCCAAAUAGCUCGCGGCAUGGAAUACCUAGCUUCGCGACGGUGCAUUCACCGGGAUUUGGCAGCGCGCAAUGUGCUCGUCAGCGAGGGCUAUGUGAUGAAAAUAGCUGACUUUGGAUUGGCCAGGGAUAUCCAGGAUACAGACUAUUAUCGCAAGAAUACCAACGGACGACUGCCCAUCAAAUGGAUGGCGCCGGAAUCUUUGCAGGAGAAGUUUUACGAUUCCCAGAGCGACGUCUGGAGUUACGGCGUCCUGCUCUGGGAGAUAAUGACCUAUGGCGAGCAACCAUAUCCAAAUAUCAUGUCUGCCGAAGAGCUAUACAGUUAUUUGAUCACUGGCCAGCGCAUGGAGAAGCCGCCAAAAUGCUCGCUCAACAUAUACGUGGUGAUGCGUCAGUGCUGGCACUUUGAGUCGUGUGCGAGGCCCACAUUUGCAGAGCUUGUGGAGAGUUUCGAUGGCAUACUGCAACAGGCUAGCAGUAAUCCCAACGAUGCGUAUUUGGAUCUAUCGAUGCCAAUGCUGGAGACGCCGCCAUCCUCGGGCGAUGAGGAGGAUGGCUCUGAAGCUGAAACAUUCCGAGAGACUUUACCGCUAAGAUAUCAAUAUACAUAUAAGUUUAACUAGUGCUAGGGAUGGCUUAACCAAGAACAUCCAUCGACCAUCACACAAAACAAAAAAUACUCAAUAAAAUACGGCCGAGUCUAUUUAAGCAAACUGAAUUAAUGUUUUUCCAUUCCC